UCUGCCUGCGGCAAGAGAAGGACGACCAGAAGGUGGUGCUCGAGGACAAGGACCUGGAGGUGAUCGGCUCGCCCAUCAUCAAGUACGGCGACAGCACGGUGCUGCUGCAGCACUCCGAGACCGGACUCUGGCUCACAUACAAGUCAUACGAAACGAAGAAGAAGGGCGUCGGCAAAGUGGAGGAGAAACAGGCCGUGCUGCACGAGGAGGGGAAGAUGGACGACGGCCUGGACUUCAGCCGGUCGCAAGAGGAGGAGUCCCGCACCGCCCGCGUCAUCCGAAAGUGCUCUUCCCUCUUCACGCAGUUCAUCGUAGGGUUGGAGACUCUGCAGAUGAAUCGCAGACACUCAGUUUUCUGUCAAACCGUCAACUUAAGCGAAAUGGUCAUGUGUCUUGAAGAUUUGAUUAACUACUUUGCUCAGCCUGAAGAAGACAUGGAGCAUGAGGAGAAACAAAAUCGCCUUCGUGCCUUAAGAAACCGCCAAGACUUAUUCCAAGAAGAAGGAAUUUUGAAUUUAAUUUUGGAGGCAAUUGAUAAAAUAAAUGUGAUAACCUCUCAAGGAUUUCUGGUUGCCCUUGCUCGAGAUGAAUCAGGACAUAGCUUUGAAAUCAUCUCUGCAUAUUUGUAUCAGUUACUAGCGGCUAUCAUAAAGGGAAACCAUACCAAUUGUGCUCAGUUUGCAAAUUCAAAUCGUUUAAAUUGGUUAUUCAGUCGACUAGGCUCACAGGCAUCCAGUGAAGGAACUGGAAUGUUGGAUGUAUUGCAUUGUGUGCUCAUUGAUUCUCCUGAGGCUUUGAACAUGAUGAGAGAUGAACAUAUCAAAGUAAUUAUAUCCCUUCUCGAGAAACAUGGAAGGGAUCCCAAAGUUCUCGAUGUUUUGUGUUCCCUCUGUGUUGGUAAUGGUGUUGCUGUGAGGUCUUCACAGAAUAAUAUAUGCGACUACCUGUUGCCUGGUAAGAAUCUUCUGCUACAAACCCAGCUGGUGGACCACGUUGCCAGCAUACGCCCCAAUAUUUUUGUUGGCCGCGUUGAGAACUCUGCUGUGUAUCAAAAAUGGUAUUUUGAAGUAACAAUGGAUCACAUUGAGCAAACAACUCAUAUGAUGCCUCACCUUCGUAUUGGUUGGGCUAAUACAUCAGGAUAUGUUCCAUACCCUGGUGGUGGUGAAAAAUGGGGAGGUAAUGGUGUUGGUGAUGAUCUCUACUCCUUCGGUUUUGAUGGAGCCAAUCUUUGGAGUGGUGGCAGGAAGACUUUGGUCAUUGCUGGAGCCAGUGAACCUUUUAUUAGGAAGGGUGAUGUCAUUGGCUGUAUGCUAGACCUGACUGUUCCAAUUAUCAGCUUCACCUUCAAUGGCAUGCGAGUUCCAGGUUCAUUCCGUAAAUUUAAUUUGGACGGAAUGUUCUUCCCUGUAAUGAGCUGCUCAUCAAAGCUAAGUUGCCGUUUUCUUCUUGGAGGAGAUCAUGGUCGUCUCAAGUAUGCACCCCCAGAAGAUGACUUUUCGCCAUUAGUAGAGAGCUUACUGCCUCAACAACAGUUAUCUCUAGAUCCUUGCUUCUAUUUUGGUAAUCUGAAUAAAAGUGUUCUUGCUGGACCAUGGCUAAUUGAAGAUGACACAGCAUUUGUGCCAACUCCUGUUGAUACUGCAAUGAUAACUCUGCCUAGCUACAUUGAGAGCAUUCGAGACAAACUAGCUGAAAACAUUCACGAAAUGUGGGCCAUGAAUAAGAUAGAGGCUGGCUGGUCGUUUGGAGAGAGACGUGAAGAUAUGCGACACAUUCAUCCUUGCCUGGUGCAAUUUGACAGGCUUCCUCCUGCAGAAAAGCGCUAUGAUUCUCAGCUAGCUGUGCAGACUUUAAAGACAAUUUUAUCUCUGGGCUAUCACAUAACUAUGGAUAAGCCUCCUUCCAGAAUUAAAACUGUUCGUUUACCAAAUGAACCAUUUCUGCAAUCUAAUGGAUACAAACCAGCUCCACUAGACCUUUCAGCGAUCACCCUCACUCCAAAACUAGAGGAGUUAGUUGACCAUCUUGCCGAAAAUACACACAACUUGUGGGCCAAAGAACGAAUUCAACAAGGAUGGACUUAUGGUCUCAAUGAGGACUCAGAGAUGCUUCGUAGUCCUCAUCUUGUGCCGUACGUGAAAGUGGAUGAGGCCAUCAAGAAAGCUAACAGGGAUACAGCAAGUGAGACUGUUCGAACCCUAUUAGUAUAUGGAUAUGUUCUUGACCCCCCAACAGGAGAGGCACAUGAAGCUCUUAUGGCUGAAGCUGGCCGAAGUCUGCAGGCAUCCUUCAGAACUUACAGAGUUGAGAAGAACUAUGCCGUAAGCACAGGAAAAUGGUACUUUGAAUUUGAAAUUCUGACUGCUGGUCCUAUGCGUGUUGGUUGGGCCCGUGCUGAUUGCAACCCUGGCUGUAUGCUGGGAAGUGAUGAAUAUACUUGGGCCUUUGACGGAUAUAAUGAGGAGAAGGUUUAUAAUGGACUGGCUGAGUCCUUUGGCCGUCAGUGUCAAGUUGGGGACGUGGUUGGGGUGUUCCUAGAUCUGAUUGAUCGUACCAUCAGUUUUUCUCUCAAUGGAGAAUUGUUAAUGGAUGCCCUUGGGGGAGAGACUACUUUUGGUGAUGUGCAAGGUGAUGCAUUUAUCCCCGCAUGCACUCUUGGUGUAGGACAAAAAGCAAGAUUGGUGUAUGGGCAAGAUGUUGACUCGUUGAAGUUUUUCACUACUUGUGGUUUGCAGGAGGGUUAUGAACCAUUCUGUGUGAAUAUGAACCGACCUGUUACUUACUGGUACACCAAGGAUCAACCUAUUUUUGAAAAUACUGAUGACAUGGUUGACUCGCGAAUUGAUGUAACCAGAAUUCCUGCUGGAUCCGAUACGCCUCCCUGCCUUAAAAUUAGUCACAACACAUUUGAGACAAUGGAAAAAGCCAACUGGGAGUUCCUCCGACUCUGCCUUCCUGUAAUAUGUCAGAGUUCAUUCAUUGAUGAGGGUGAAAAAAUCAGGCGCUGGCAGGAAAUAAAAGUUAGGCAACACCGACUGUUAACUGAAACUGAACAGACAACCCCAGCCCACCUUGAACAAAUUAUGAAGUCUGGAUUUUCUCUCAGUGACAUCAAAGGCCUACAGCGUGGGUACUCAGAGGAUGCAGCCGAAAAUGAUGAGGUGGGAAGACCUGAUAACUCACCAACCACUCAAAGUAAGCUGAAACGAUUACCUUCCAGACCUCCAAGAAAGGGCUCACUGUCUCGUACCAAUGGAUUUGACUCUAACACAUUAGACGCUGGUGGUAAAAUACAUAGAUCAACAAGUGAGAUGGACAUGAAUCGAUUUGACAGCCAGAAAGACACUGAAGCUGAUAAAAAGAAAAGAGGCCGCUCACCCUUCAGGUUGUUUAAGAAACGUGACAAGAGUGGGGAUCGUCUGAAGAAAGCGAAAACCCCUGAGCCUCCUUCAUCAGGUUCAGACCGGCAAAACCAUGGACGCUCUGGACCUGCCAAUAACUUGGCCCGCACCAACCCUCAAGUCAGGGUUUCUCAGUCUGACCUUAAAGCUGCAGCUCCAACUACAACAGAGAGGGGUCCUAAAAUUAUGUCUGUUACUCCAGCAACUGGCAUUGAAGCCAUAGGAAAUGAAAUCUAUGAUGCGGAUUGCUUGAAACUGAUCAAUGAAUACUUUUAUGGAGUUCGUAUUUUUCCUGGUCAGGAUCCCACUCAUGUUUAUAUUGGUUGGGUGACCACUCAGUUCCACUUGCACAGCAAAGACUUCAACCAGAGCCGUGUAAGGAAGGCUGAGGUUCAUGUUUGUGAUGAUUAUGACCGUCUGCUUGAAAAAGUGGAACGUCAAAGCUGCUAUAUGGUGCGAGCCGAUGAAUUGUACAAUGAAGUUACACAAGAUGCCUCUGGAAAAGGUGCUUCUCAGGGAAUGGUUGUAGGCUGCUCUGUUGAUACUGCCACAGGUUACAUCACUUUUACCUGUGAAGGGAAGGAAACUUCUCAUCGAUAUAAGAUGGAACCAGAAACUAAAUUAUUCCCAGCUAUAUUUGUAGAAGCAACAAGCAAAGAAAUCUUGCAAAUUGAACUUGGAAGGACAUCAACUACGCUUCCUCUUUCUGCCGCUGUUCUUCAGAAUUCUGAUAGGCAUGUCAUUCCUCAGUUCCCUCCGAGAUUGAAAGUACAGUGCCUCAAACCUCACCAAUGGGCUCGUGUCCCAAAUCAGUCUCUACAAGUCCAUGCUCUGAAAUUGUCCGAUGUUCGGGGAUGGUCUAUGUUAUGUGAAGAUCCCAUUUCAAUGCUAGCUCUCCACAUUCCGGAAGAAGACCGCUGUAUUGAUAUCCUAGAGUUGAUUGAAAUGGAAAGACUUUUAAGUUUCCAUGCUCAUACCUUAACUCUGUAUGCGGCACUGUGUUAUCAAUCCAACUAUCGAGCAGCUCAUACUCUAUGUCAGCACGUAGAUCAGAAACAAUUGCUCUAUGCUAUCCGAUCAGAGUUCAUGUCUGGACCACUAAGACUUGGUUUCUAUGAUCUUUUAAUUGCCCUUCACCUUGAAAGUCAUGCUACAACCAUGGAGGUGUGCAAAAAUGAGUAUGUCAUACCCUUAGGUCCGGAGCUGAAAUCUCUGUAUGAAGACCCUGACAUGUGUCAUUCCCUUCGUUCUCUUGACACUCAAUCCAUCCAACCUCAAAUGAAAAUGACUGACAUUGCGGGGAUGGACAGCAGUGCACCUGGGACAGGCUUUGACCCGAAGAAUAACCCUAUCCCUGUAGUAGAAGCUUCAGAGUCAUUGGACAAUAUCCGCACUCUUUACAGUCCGUAUUUCCCUCUUGACGUAGUAAGGAAUUAUAUUAUGCAAGCUUUACACGAGGCUGUAGAGUUAAACCAGGUUCAUAAUAGAGAUCCUGUCGGUGGCAGCAAUGAGAAUUUAUUUUUACCCAUUUUGAAGUUGGUUGAUCGAUUGCUGCUGGUUGGUGUGCUGACUGAUGUAGACGUGGAAAAGCUUUUAAUUAUGAUAAAUCCUGAGACCUGGGAUCCAAAUUAUGAUAAAGAAGGUAAAGAUGAGCACCGCAAAGGCCUGCUCCACAUGAAAAUGGCAGAGGGGGCAAAGCUGCAGAUGUGCUACUUACUACACCAUCUGUGCGACAUUCAGCUUCGCCAUAGAGUAGAAUCAAUAAUUGCAUUUAGUCACGAUUUUGUUGGAGAUUUACAAUCUGAUCAACUUCGACGUUACAAUGAGAUCAAACAGUCUGAUCUUCCCUCAGCUGUGGCUGCUAAGAAAACUAGGGAGUUCCGCUGUCCUCCAAAGGAACAGAUGAAUGCCAUAUUGUGCUUCAAAAAUCUAGAGGAGGGCGAUCAAGAAAAUUGUUCUUGUGGAGAUGAAUUACGUGCUCGGUUGACUGAUUUCCAUGAUGGUUUAAUGAACCAUGUGUCACUGAAAGCUUUACAAGAACCAGAAGCAGUAGAGGAGGAGUCUCCAGAAAGUCAGAAAACUGGACCAAUUAAAAAACUUUACAAUUUGAUAAAUGCUGUGAAGGAACUAGAAGAAGAAAAGGUUCCUGAGCCUGAACCAGAAAAGAAAACUCCUGAAGAAAUAUUCCGCAAAGUUUUAAUCAAGACCAUUGUGACAUGGGCAGAAGAAUCACAGAUAGAGACUCCGAAGCUUGUCCGCGAAAUGUUCAGCUUACUUGUGAGGCAGUAUGAUGCAGUUGGUGAACUCAUACGUUCCUUGCAAAAGACAUACGUAAUUAAUACAAAGACUAGAGAUGAUGUAGCUGAUAUGUGGGUAUGCCUAGGGCAAGUAAGAGCUCUACUGCCUGUCCAAAUGUCUCAAGAGGAGGAAGAACUCAUGCGAGAACGGUUGUGGAAACUUGUGAACAAUGCUACCUUUUUCCAGCACCCAGACCUUAUCAGGGUGCUAAGAAUCCAUGAGAAUGUAAUGGCUGUAAUGAUAAAUACUUUGGGCAGACGAGCUCAAGCUCAGUCUGAUGCCCCUCAAACGACAGGGCAGGAGGGGGAAGCGCCAGUGAAGGAAAAGGACACCUCACACGAGAUGGUGGUUGCUUGUUGUCGCUUCUUAUGUUACUUCUGCCGAACUUCUCGGCAAAAUCAGAAGGCAAUGUUUGACCACUUAAACUUUUUGCUUGAAAAUUCCAAUAUUCUUCUCUCUAGACCCUCGUUGAGAGGGUCAACUCCACUUGAUGUGGCCUACUCAUCCCUCAUGGAAAACACUGAAUUGGCCCUAGCUUUGAGAGAGCACUACCUUGAGAAGAUUGCUGUUUAUCUGUCUCGCUGUGGUUUGCAGUCUAACUCUGAGCUAGUUGAGAAAGGCUAUCCAGACCUGGGUUGGGAUCCAGUUGAAGGGGAGAGAUACUUAGAUUUUCUCAGAUUUUGUGUUUGGGUAAAUGGUGAAAGUGUGGAAGAGAAUGCAAAUCUUGUUAUCCGUCUUCUUAUUCGACGGCCGGAAUGUUUAGGCCCUGCCUUAAGAGGAGAGGGUGAAGGUCUUUUAAAGGCAAUUGUGGAUGCAAAUAAAAUGUCAGAACGCAUUGCAGAGAAGCGAAAAAUUUUAGAGAGUGGUGGUGUUAAUGUUAAUUCUGAUGUUGCUGAUCUUGAUCACCCAAUGCCAGAAAGUGAUGAAGAUGAGGAUUACAUUGACACAGGUUCUGCAGUCCUUAACUUUUAUUGUACUCUUGUUGACCUCUUGGGGAGAUGUGCUCCAGACACUUCUGUUAUUGCCUUGGGUAAAAACGAAUCGCUGCGUGCAAGAGCUAUCUUGCGAUCACUUGUACCGUUGGAAGAUCUGCAAGGAGUUCUAUCCCUUCGCUUCACUCUUCAAAACCCUGCUCAGGGUGAGGAAAGGCCAAAAAGUGACAUGCCCAGUGGGCUGAUACCAGGAAACAAGCAGAGUAUUGUGUUGUUCUUGGAAAGAGUAUAUGGUAUUGAAACUCAAGAUUUGUUCUUCCGUUUGUUGGAGGAAGCAUUCCUUCCUGAUCUCAGAUGUGCCACCAUGCUUGAUAGGAGUGACAAUUUGGAAUCAGAAAUGGCUUUAGCUAUGAACCGCUAUAUUGGUGUCUCAGUUUUACCGUUGCUUAUCAAGCAUUCAGCUUUUUAUUCUGAAGCUGACAACUAUGCCAGUCUCCUAGAUGCAACACUGCACACAGUUUACCGGCUUUCCAAAAACCGCAUGCUUACGAAAGGGCAACGUGAAGCUGUCUCUGACUUCCUUGUGGCACUCACAAGCCAAAUGCAGCCUAGCAUGCUUUUGAAACUUCUGAGAAAGCUCACUGUGGAUGUGUCCAAUCUCUCAGAGUACACAACUGUUGCACUAAGGCUGUUGACCCUUCACUUUGAUCGCUGUGCAAAGUAUUACGGGUCCACAUCCAUGGGUGCCUCUAGUGAUGAAGAAAAGAGACUGACCAUGAUGCUUUUCAGCAAUAUCUUUGAUUCUCUAUCAAAGAUGGAUUAUGAUGCUGAAUUAUUUGGCAAAGCAUUGCCUUGCCUCACGGCCAUUGGGUGCUCUCUUCCACCGGACUACUCACUUUCUAAAAACUAUGAUGAUGAAUUCUAUGGGAAAAACUCACCUGCUUCUGGGCCAGGUGAUGGACCUUACAAUCCCCAGCCCAUCAACACUUCAAGUGUUGCAUUGAACAAUGACUUGAACACAAUAGUUCAAAAGUUCUCUGAACACUACCAUGAUGCAUGGGCAAGCCGUAAGCUGGAAGGUGGUUGGAUGUAUGGAGAUCAGCGUUCCGACAGCAAUAAAGUUCACCCUCGACUCAAACCUUACAACAUGUUGAAUGAUUAUGAGAAAGAACGUUACAAAGAGCCAGUUAGGGAAUCUCUGAAGGCACUUCUGGCUAUUGGAUGGAAUGUUGAGCAUUCAGAGGUGGACAUGCCGAUGAAUACCAGAAAUUCAGUAAGACGCCAUAGCAAGGGGAAUCCGGUAGGUGGUGAUAUGACUGACUCAGCUACCCCAUUCAACUACCACCCUCACCCUGUUGAUAUGACCAACUUGACUCUGAGUAGGGAAAUGCAAAACAUGGCAGAGCGCCUCGCCGAAAAUGCCCAUGAUAUUUGGGCAAAGAAAAAGAAAGAAGAGCUUUUGACUUGUGGUGGAGGCAUACACCCUCAGCUUGUACCAUAUGACCUACUCACUGAUAAGGAGAAAAAGAAAGAUCGGGAGAGGUCUCAAGAGUUUUUGAAGUACCUUCAGUACCAGGGCUACAAAUUGCACAGACCAUCUCGUGGCACUGCACAAGAGCAACAAGAGCAAGCAGCUGCAGUAUCCACAGGAGAGCUUCGUUUUGCCUACAACUUGCUGGAGAAGCUAGUGGCCUACAUGGACCGUGCAAUUAUUAAUAUGAAGUUGUUGAAACCAUCGUCCAUAUUCAGCAGACGCUGCUCCUUUAAAACUACUGGUCGAGACAUCAAAUUCUUCUCAAAGGUGGUUUUGCCUCUUGUUGAAAAAUACUUCAGCACCCACCGCAACUAUUUCAUUGCUGUUGCCACUGCAUCAAAUAACAUUGGAGCUGCAUCUUUGAAAGAAAAAGAGAUGGUGGCAAGCCUCUUCUGCAAGUUAGCCAGUCUUCUACGACAGAGACUGGCUGCCUUUGGUCCUGAUGUAAGAAUAGCAGUUCGAUGCUUGCAAGUACUUGUUAAGGGCAUUGAUGCAAAAUCUCUUGUAAAAAACUGCCCCGAAUUCAUUCGGACAUCAAUGCUCACAUUCUUCAACAGUCUGGCUGAUGAUUUAAGCCACACAAUUACCAACCUUCAAGAAGGACGAUACAGCCAUCUGAGAGGCACUCAUUUGAAGACAUCCACUUCUUUGUUCUAUGUGAAUGAUGUUGUAUUGCCAGUUUUGACCUCUAUGUUUGAUCAUCUAGCAGCCAAUGAGUAUGGCGGGGAUUUACUUUUGGAUGAAAUUAUGGUUGCAUCGUACAAAAUUUUGAGUAGUUUGUACACACUUGGUAUUGAUGCCACCCUCACUCAUGAUAGAAAGUAUUUAAAAACAGAGAUUGAAAGACACCGUCCUGCCAUUGGCACAUGUUUGGGAGCAUUUUCUUCAACUUUCCCAGUAGCUUUCUUAGAGCCUCACCUGAAUAAGCAUAACCAAUUUUCUCUUUUGAAUCGCAUAGCUGAUCACUCUCUUGAAGCACAGGAUAUCAUGGCUCGUAUGGAGAACAGCAUGCCAACUUUAGAAACAAUCCUUGGAGAAGUUGAUGCUUUUGCAGACUCAGAAAAAAACUACAAUGAUGCUCCGCAUGUCAUUGAUGUAAUUUUGCCAAUGCUUUGUUCAUACCUUCCGGUUUGGUGGUCUCAAGGACCUGAUAAUGUGAGUCCUGCUGAGGGCAAUCAUGUUACAAUGGUUACAAGUGAACACAUGAAUCAGUUGCUCAAAAAUGUUUUGAAACUCAUCAAGAAAAAUAUUGGUAAUGAACAUGCUCCUUGGAUGACAAGAAUAGCUGCAUAUACUCAACAAAUCAUUAUAAAUUCGUCAGAAGAACUUUUGAAAGAUCCAUUCCUACCCCUGGCAAUAACUGUGAAAAAGCGAACAGAUACCAUGUUCCACAAAGAAGAAUCAUUGCGAGGUUUUAUAAAGUCAUCAACCGAUGAUACAUCCCAAAUAGAAGCUCAAAUUCAAGAAGACUGGCAGCUUUUAGUGCGAGACAUAUAUGCAUUUUACCCCUUGCUCAUCAAGUAUGUUGACCUGCAACGUAAUCACUGGCUGAAACACAAUAUUCCAGAAGCUGAGGAAAUGUACAAUUAUGUUGCUGACAUAUUUAAUAUUUGGUCCAAGUCUCAAUACUUUCUUCGUGAAGAGCAGAACUUUAUUUCUGUCAAUGAGAUAGAUAACAUGGUAUUGAUUAUGCCUGCGGCUACUCGUAGGACAGCUGUCGUACCAGACUCAGCUGCCUUAGGAGGAGGUGGAGGAGGUGGAAAGAAGAAGAAAAAGCAUAGGGACAAGAAGAGAGACAAAGACAAGGAGAUUGCUGCCAGUUUAAUGGUGGCUUGUUUGAAGAGGCUCUUACCAGUUGGAUUGAACUUGUUUGCUGGAAGGGAACAAGAGCUUGUUCAGCACUGCAAAGAUCGUUAUCUGAAAAAGAUGCCAGAAUAUGAUAUUCAAGAGUUUGCCAAAAUGCAGCUGACUCUCCCAGAUAAAAUUGAUCCUGGUGAUGAAAUGUCAUGGCAGCAUUACCUAUAUUCACAGCUAGGCCAGAAGAGAGAAAAUGUUGCAGGUGAACUUAAGGGAACAGCAGCUGCUGAUGAACUUGUAGAGAGAAUUGUGGCUAUGGCCAAGGUCCUCUUUGGACUGCAUAUGAUUGAUCAUCCUCAACAACAGAGCAAAGGAACAUACCGCUCAAUGGUUUCUGCAUCAAGGAAAAGGGCAGUCAUUGCUUGUUUCAGGCAAACCUCUCUCCACUCACUGCCGAGGCAUCGCUCCAUCAAUAUUUUCAUUCGGUCCUUCUGUGAGCUAUGGCUGCAGGAGGAAAAUGUGGGCCAGGAGAUAAUGAUUGAGGACUUAACACAGUCUUUUGAGGAGGCGGAGAUGAAGAAGCUGGACAAGGAAGAAGAUGAAGGAAAACCUGAUCCCCUUACUCAGCUAGUCAUGAACUUCUGUCGUGGAGCCAUGACUGAACGCAGCGGAGCUCUGCAAGAAGAUCCACUUUACAUGUCUUAUGCUAAUAUUGUUGCCAAGUCUUGUGGCGAGGAAGAGGAGGAAGGAGGCGGUGAUGAGGAGGAAGAAGGAGGUGGUGGUGAGGGUGAUGAGGGUGGAGCUUCCAUUCAUGAGCAGGAAAUGGAGAAACAGAAACUGUUGUUCCAUCAGGCACGUCUGGCCAACCGAGGUGUUGCUGAAAUGGUACUCCUCCACAUUUCUGCUUCAAAGGGUGUACCCAGUGAAAUGGUGCACAUAACUCUGCAACUUGGAAUAUCUGUUCUGAGAGGUGGUAAUAUUGACAUUCAAAUGGGAAUGUUGAACCAUUUGAAGGAGAAAAAGGAUGUUGGAUUCUUUACUUCCAUUGCUGGCCUUAUGAAUUCUUGCAGUGUCUUGGAUCUUGAUGCUUUUGAGAGAAAUACUAAAGCAGAGGGUCUUGGUGUUGGAUCAGAAGGUGCUGCGGGAGAGAAAAACAUGCAUGAUGCAGAAUUCACUUGCACACUUUUCCGUUUUAUUCAGCUGACUUGUGAGGGUCACAACUUAGAAUGGCAAAAUUACCUUCGUACACAGGCUGGAAACACUACUACUGUGAAUGUUGUCAUUUGUACGGUUGAUUAUUUGUUGCGCCUUCAGGAGUCUAUAAUGGACUUUUACUGGCACUAUUCAAGCAAAGAACUAAUUGAUACUGCAGGAAAAGCAAACUUUUUCAAGGCCAUUGGUGUUGCUAGUCAAGUCUUCAACACACUCUCUGAAGUUAUUCAAGGUCCUUGUCCACAGAAUCAGCAGGCACUUGCACAUUCUAGGUUGUGGGAUGCCGUGGGUGGUUUCUUAUUCCUCUUCUCCCAUAUGCAAGACAAAUUAUCAAAGCAUUCGAGCCAAGUGGACUUGUUAAAAGAGCUUUUAAACUUACAAAAGGAUAUGAUCACUAUGAUGUUGUCUAUGCUUGAAGGAAACGUUGUCAAUGGUACCAUUGGUAAACAGAUGGUUGAUACCCUUGUUGAAUCUGCAUCUAAUGUUGAACUUAUUUUGAAGUACUUUGAUAUGUUCCUAAAACUAAAAGAUCUCACUUCAUCAGCUAGUUUUAUGGAAAUUGAUCCUAAUAAUGAAGGCUGGGUCCUACCAAAGGAUUUCAAGGAAAAAAUGGAACAGGGCAAAAGCUAUACUCCGGAAGAAAUUGAAUUUUUACUUGCUUGUUGUGACACAAAUCAUGAUGGAAAAAUUGAUUACGUGGCAUUUACUGAUCGAUUCCAUGAACCAGCAAAGGAAAUCGGUUUUAAUCUUGCCGUUUUGCUCACUAAUUUGUCUGAGCAUAUGCCAAAUGAACCAAGGCUUGCUCGUUUCUUGGAGACGGCUGGCAGUGUGCUCAAUUACUUUGAACCGUUCUUGGGAAGGAUUGAGAUCAUGGGAGGAAGCAAACGAAUUGAAAGAGUGUACUUUGAAAUCAAGGAAUCGAAUAUUGAGCAGUGGGAAAAACCUCAGAUCAAGGAAUCAAAGCGAGCCUUCUUCUACUCCAUUGUCACUGAAGGAGGUGACAAAGAAAAACUUGAGGCCUUUGUUAAUUUCUGUGAGGAUGCUAUUUUUGAAAUGCAGCAUGCUAGUGGUCUUAUGGCUGUGGAUGAUGGUGGUGGACCAGGGAGCGGAAAGGCUCGCAAGGCUGCGUACAGCUACAUGGCAGAUGAAGAUGAGGAGCGUAACGCCAAGGAUCCUUUCCGGCGCGGUUUCGGCGUGGUGCGGGACAGCAUCUAUCUCUUCUUUGCCAUGUUGUCACCAUCCAACAUCAAGACACAGAUUGGACACCUGCAACAAAUGACUUUCUCUGAAAUAAUUGUUGGAUUUUUCAAGUCCAUAUUUUAUGCUAUCUAUUACUGUGGAUAUGGUGUCUACUGCGUGCUCAGGUACUUUGCCCGUCUACUCAUGUCUUUAAUGAGAGGCAGCCAAACAGAAGAGGUCGUUGUUGAAGUAAAGGAAGAGGAGAAGCUAGGCCCCUUACGAGUACUCCCAGCACUGCCGUCUUCCAAAGAAGAACCACCCAAUGCAGCUCCUGGUGGUCAGCUUGCCAUAGCUCAUGACGGCACUAAAGAUGAGAGCAGAGGCUCUAGAGCUGAAGGAGGCCAACCGGGAGCAGAGGACGAGCAUUUGGAGGGUGAGGGCGACAGUGAACACCGUAUGAGUUCUUCAGAGAAUCCUGAAGAAGUAGCAAUGACCUUGGCUGAUCUUCUCGGUGGUGAUGCUGCAAGGAAAGAGGCUGCAGCCGCAGCUGAAGUAGGUGCCCAACAGCAGGCUGUCAUGGCUGCUGUCGAAGCAGAAAACAAAAAGGAAGUGACAGUCGAGCCUUCUGCUUUGUCUCAAAUGGAUUUCAACUCAUACACCCACAGGGCUGUGAGCUUCCUGGCAAGGAACUUCUACAAUUUAAAAUAUGUGGCUCUUGUUCUUGCUUUCUGUAUUAACUUCAUGUUGCUAUUCUACAAGGUGACAACUCUUGGAGAAGAUGACGAUGACGGUUCUGGCAGUGGUGCUUUUGGUGGCAGUGGCAGUGGUAUGGACAGUCUCAUGGCUGAAAUGUCUGGAUCAGGCUCAGGAUCUGGAAGUAUUCCAGAAGUUCCAAUCGGUGGUGGUGAUGGUGGUUCUGAGGAAGAUGGUGGAAGUGCAGAGGAAGAAGACGAUCCACUUGAACUUGUGCAUGUGAAUGAGGACUUCUUCUACAUGGCUCAUGUCAUGAGGUUUGCUGCUCUUCUCCAUUCAUUGGUCUCCCUUGCAAUGUUGAUUGCCUACUACCACUUGAAAGUUCCUCUUGCCAUUUUCAAACGAGAAAAAGAAAUUGCCAGACGACUUGAAUUUGAUGGAUUGUAUAUUGCUGAACAACCUGAUGAUGAUGACAUAAAAUCUCAUUGGGAUAAACUUGUCAUCUCAGCAAAAUCAUUCCCUGUGAAUUAUUGGGAUAAGUUUGUUAAGAAGAAAGUUCGUCAAAAGUAUAGUGAAACAUAUGAUUUUGACUCUAUCAGCAACAUGCUUGGAAUGGAGAAAACAUCCUUUACAGCUCAAGAAGAGGAAGGUGGCAGCGGAAUUAUCCAUUAUAUCCUUAACAUUGAUUGGCGGUAUCAAGUAUGGAAAGCAGGUGUCACUAUCACAGACAAUUCCUUCCUCUACAGCUUGUGGUAUUUCACAUUUUCAAUUUUGGGCAAUUUCAACAAUUUCUUCUUUGCUGCCCAUUUGUUGGAUGUAGCUGUUGGUUUUAAGACUCUGCGCACUAUUUUGCAAUCCGUAACUCACAAUGGAAAGCAAUUGGUGUUGACUGUGAUGCUGCUCACUAUUAUUGUAUAUAUAUACACUGUGAUAGCCUUCAACUUCUUUAGGAAAUUUUAUGUCCAGGAAGAAGAUGAUGAAGUUGAUAAAAAAUGUCAUGACAUGCUUACUUGCUUUGUAUUCCAUCUUUACAAAGGUGUACGAGCAGGAGGUGGUAUUGGUGAUGAAAUUGAUGAGCCUGAUGGUGACGACUAUGAGGCGUACCGUAUCCUGUUUGACAUAACAUUCUUCUUCUUUGUCAUUGUCAUCCUGCUGGCUAUCAUUCAGGGUUUGAUCAUUGAUGCUUUUGGUGAGCUUCGUGAUCAGCUUGACAGUGUGAAAGAAAACAUGGAGUCCAAUUGCUUCAUUUGUGGUAUCGGCAAGGAUUACUUUGAUAAAGUUCCUCAUGGGUUUGACACCCACGUUCAACAAGAGCACAAUUUAGCCAAUUACAUGUUCUUCUUGAUGCAUUUAAUUAACAAACCAGAUACAGAAUAUACUGGUCAAGAAACAUACGUGUGGAACAUGUAUCAGCAAAGGUGUUGGGACUUCUUCCCUGUCGGUGACUGCUUCCGCAAACAAUAUGAAGACGAGCUUGGUGGAGGGGGCGGCUAGUUUCGGCAGGAUCAAAGUAACCCGCCUACCUCCUCCGUUUGAAAAUCAAUAAAAAAAUCCCCCUUUCCAUUAA